AUGCCUAGUGAAGGGAGGUCAAGGUAUAAUGAUAAGCAGGCAAUCACUCUGAUCACUGUGCAUGCUAGGAAUAUUGAGAAUGAAAGGAAUCAGGCACAGUGUGUUUUUCAUGGGUACCAUCGUAGCUUCGGAGGAAUUUCUAAAAGUAGUAAAUCAGGGUUGGUUGCAGUAGGGUGGGCUUCAUGGGUGGUUAAAGAUGUUGGUGAAGAUCUCAUGGGGUGGGUGCCAAGAAAAGAGAAGUCUUUUCACAUUUUAGAUAAUAUAAGAGAAGACAAUUAUAACAUAGUUUAUCGGACUCUUGAUCUGGAAAAAAAGAAGAUUGUUGCUUUGAAGAAAAUAACAUUCAACAAUCUUGCAGGAAUUACAUUUCGCCCUGGUCUAAAGUCUACAGAACCUCAGAUAGCAGAUUUUGGCUUGGCAUACUAUUACGAUCCAGCACAAGUCUGGCAAUUUACAAAUCGUGUUGUUACUCUCUGGUACCUAUCACCUGAGCUCUUGCUCGGUGCCAGUUCUUGUGAUAGUGCCAGAGAUUUAUGGACCACUGGUUGCAUUCUUGUUGAAUUAUAUGAAGGACUCCUGGCAAAUGACUUGGUAAUUUACCUCCACGACAACUUCUUUCAUGGCCCGAUCCCAAAUGAAAUUGGUCAAGUGUUUCGCCUACAAUAUCUCUAUCUAAAAUACAACAAUUUUGAAGGUGGAUUUCCUGCCAAUUUGAGUUACUGCGUAGAUAUCAGAAACAUCAGCCUGUUCCACAACGAUCUUAAAGGAAAGCUACCUACAGAGUUUGCUUCUUGGCCUAGGCUUAAUUUGUUUAAUCUUGGAAGCAAUCAUUUUACCGGAUCAAUUCCACCUUCCAUUGGUAAUGUAUCGACUCUCCGCCUGCUUAGUCUGAGCAGUAACAACCUAGCAGGGGCGAUACCUCUGGAAGUUGCUCAUCUUACAAAAUUAGGCUAUCUUGACUUAUCAACUAACAAUUUGUCGGGUAGGGUUCCCCUGUGCCUUUACAACGUAUCGUCCCUCUCUGUUGUUGGUUUAAACAGUAACGAGUUAGAAGACACGCUUCCUGCAGAUUUGGGCUUCAACCUUCCCAAGCUGCAAGAGUUCUACAUUGGAGAUAACAGAAUUUCUGGGCCGCUUCCUGCAUCAAUAAUCAAUGCAUCCAACCUUGCCAUCUUUGUCAUAGAUCAUAACAAUAUUACGGGUCCUAUACCGAUGAAUUUGGGAAGCUUAUCUAAUCUUCAAGUGCUAAACCUGGGUAACAAUCCACUUGGAGACAGUCAGCGGUCCAAUGACCUGACCUUCUUCAGUUCUCUGGUCAACUGUACCUAUCUAUAUGAAUUAAUCUUAUAUAAGAAUGGUUUAAGAGGGGAGCUCCCAAAUUCCAUCGUAAACCUCUCCACCUCAAUAGAGAAACUGUACUUGUUCACAAACGACAUCUAUGGAGGCAUACCCCGUGAAAUUGGAAAACUUGUGAACUUGACGGUACUUCAGUUGGAUGACAAUCUACUGACAGGGACAAUUCCAGCAUCAAUUGGAGAUCUAACUAAGUUAGGCAAUCUAUAUUUGAGUGGAAAUAAAAUUUCAGGAGCGAUACCACCUUCCAUCGGUAACGUUACUCAAUUAAUUGUUCUCCAUUUGGAAGAUAAUAUGCUCCAGGGGAGCAUACCUACUGGAUUGUUUAAUAUCUCGAGUUUACAGGAACUGUCAGUCACUAACAGACGCCUUGGAGGUGUAAUACCUGAGCAAAUUGUUGGACUUUCGUCGCACUGUGUUUUCCUAUAUUUGGACCAAAAUCUAUUCACAGGACGACUACCAUCCAACAUUGGGAGCUUCAAGCAUUUAGUUGCACUAGAUAUCUCGUACAACAAAUUCAGGGGGUGA